UCCGGGGGCCGCCAGCUGAGGGAGAGAGGGGACUGGCUCCCAGACCCUCCUCUGAGAGGCUCGCCCCACAAGCGCCUCUUUACAUGGGCUCAUCCCAUAGGCUGCCGCUUGCCCUAUAAGCUCCCUUCUUCCUGCCGAAGGAGAGAUGGGGACACGCCCCCACGCCUGACUCCCCCCUCCCGCCUCUCUUAGCUCUCAUCCCCCAUGCUGGCCCCCGCCAUAGCCGCUGAGUAACCACUUCUUGACCCUUUUUUUGUUGGGCUCCUAAGCAGGUUUCUAUGAACAUAUGAAGCCGCCCGUGAGAGGCAGUGUGGUGUAGUGGUUGGACUGUGUUAAACUCUGGAACUCAUUCCCACAGGAGGCAGUGUUGGCUUUAAAAGAGAAUUAUACAAAGUCAAGCGAUCAGUCGCUACUAGCCACAAUGGGUAUGUUCUGCCUCUGCUCUUAGAGGCAGUAUACCUCUGAAUAUCAGUUGCAGGUGGGGCGUGUUGCUGUUGCAGGGUUCCCAGAAGCAUCUGGUUGCCCACAGUGAGCAGGAUGCUGGACUAGAUCUGCUGUUGGCUUGAUCCAGCAGGGCUUUUCUUUUGUUCUUACUGCUGACCUGGGUUCACAAAUGUGUGACUGAAUCAGAUGUACAUGCAAAGAAGGCCAAGGGUUAUGUCCUCCAAGGAGCUCAGGGUGACCUUUGUGGGUGGCGCUGCCCCUUUUAUCCUAACAGCCACACUGUGGAGUAGAUGAAGCUGGGAGAAAGGUUUCAAAAUCUCUCUGUGGAUUUUCCUGCAUGGAAGGGAGUGGUGACCCAUUGGAUGACCUCCAAGGUCAGAAUGCUGCAGAGGAAGGAAGGAGACCCUCAUUGCCAAGAGGUGGUUCGGUUUGCAGUGCUUUGCAGAGUGCUCACUCUUUUCCUCCAGGCCCUUUUCAACCUCCUGAUCCCCGACCAUGCUGCUGAUGCCUUCUCUCCACCCCGUUUGUCUGAGUACGGGUUUUGCGACUGGAUCUUGGAAUGGCUCCUGGGAGGCCUGUCACGGUGGGAUGCGGAGCACUUCUUGUUUAUAGCUGAGCACGGCUACGUGUAUGAGCACAAUUGUGCCUUCUUCCCCUUGUUUCCCUUGAGCCUGCGAGUGGCAGCGGAAACGGUGCUGUGGCCCUUCCAAGGCUUCUUAUCUCUCCGGAGCCGCCUGCUCCUUUCUGCAGCUCUGCUCAAUGGUCUGUUCUCUGCCUGGGCAGCAUGGACUCUGUAUAAGCUCAGCUGCGUGGUCCUGCAGUGCCGCAGGAAGGCGUUCCUGUCAGCCAUCCUCUUCUGCCUCACCCCUGCAAACGUCUUUAUGGCAGCUGCUUAUUCAGAAAGCAUGUUUGUCCUCCUAGUGUUUAGUGCCUUGUGGUGGCUAGAGAAAGGGCAGCAUUGGGCCAGCAGCCUCCUCUUUUCGCUAGCUGCUGGCGUGCGUUCCAACGGACUGAUCAAUGCUGGGUUCCUCCUCUAUUCCCAGACAAAACUCUUUGCCUCCCAGUUGCAGGCAAGGACAGGAACUGGAGUAAAGCCGCCACAGAUCUUGGGUCAAUUCCUAAACCUGGUAGCUUCCCUGGUGGUGAUGUCUGCCUCUGUUUUCCUGCCAUUUGUUUUAUUUCAGUUCUGGGCAUACCUUCGGUUCUGCAACACCACGUUUAGCCCUGAGUAUGCUGUGCCGGACCCACUGUUGCAACUGGCUGCACAUAAGGGGUAUCGUGUAGCAGCCUCAAAUGGUGUGGCACCACCAUGGUGCUCCUGGAACUUUCCUGUGCUCUACACUUACAUUCAAGAUACUUACUGGCAUGUCGGCUUCCUCAGGUACUUUGAGCCCAGACAGAUCCCCAACUUCCUGCUAGCUGCACCCGCCAUUGUGCUGGGCUCCUGGGCAGCCUGGCGGUACAUCGCUGCAAACCCCUGGCACUGCCUAACACUUGGCCUGCUGAGAAGAAAGACUGAAGGAAUGAAGGGAAAGGACUUGAGCAAGCCAGCUACUGGUUUUUACUCUCCUGGUGCAUUUGUUUACGUGGUCCACGCAACAGUUCUGUUGGUGUUUGGGACCUUCUGCAUGCAUGUGCAGGUCCUUACCAGAUUUUUGGGCUCCUCUUCUCCAGUACUUUAUUGGUUCUGUGCUCAUCUGCUUCAUGACUAUGAGCCUUUGCUACAAAAUGGGAGCCAAUCUUCACAGCAUGGAACACCCCGCUCAGAUAAGCCCUCAUUGGCAAACUCUCUUCCUAACUGGAACAGAAAUGAAAACCCUGUGCUCACACUUCUGUACAACUGGAGGCAGACUACCACUCUCACUAAGUGCAUUCUGGGAUAUGUACUUUCCUAUUGGAUGCUGGGGCUGGUCCUUCACUGCAAUUUUUUCCCGUGGACAUAAGUAUGUAGAACUGGGUAAGCUGAUUGACUAGAGCAUAAACUGAACAUUUUCCACCUUGGUAGUAUUGAAGCUAAUCAGCAUCUACAUGAAACUGCUAGGAGAGAGUUGGAGCUCACCUGUGUGCUGAUGACAACAGAAUGUGCUAAUUCCUUUCUCUUCCAGCCAAGCCAGAGAGUAUUGAAGUGUUUUGUUUUUUCCUCCCAAUACACUCAGCAUUGUGUAGUUACUGAGCAUACUUAGUCCGCAAUUGGCUUUUGUCAUUCCUCCCCACCUUUAGUGUGUGGAGUUGUCAUUCUGUAAACCUUCGGGUUCUUCCACGCCUGCUGAUAUCUCCGUCUUGUGCUUAGGGUAAAGACUAAAGGGGACCCCUGACCAUUAGGUCCAGUCGUGACCGACUCUGGGGUUGCGGCGCUCAUCUCACU